AUGGCGCAGCCUCAACCACACCUCCUCACAAAGGGCGAGUUGCGAAGAGUCGAAGACUGCGUAAAUGAAAACGUCAAACUUGCAGACUGCUGGAAGAGCGAGAAAGUUGUCAUUGUGGCGUGCGAGCCGACCGGGCCUGACCUUCCGGGCAUGCCGCUAAUCGACCUGGACAUACUGUCGCCAGCGGGGAACCCCGUCUGGGGGUCAAAGACUGGCGAGCGGCACCCUACGCGGCAAAUUUGCAAGAAGAUCAUCACCGUCCUGGAAAAGACAAAGGAAAACAAGAGGCUCCGGCCGAGGCCGUGGCAUGGCAUGUACGACUGUCGCGAAGAAUUCUCGCUAUACCACGAUGACGCAGUUGCCAAAGUACGAGAGAUAUUCUCUGAGCUAUACUCCCAAUACGUGUCCAUCUGCGUUGUCAGUCACGAUCUGCGCGACUCACUCAAUUCGAUUGAGAAGUUUGGCAUCGAGCUGCCCGACAGCACUGUGUUCGUCGACCUCAUCAAGGUCUUGGAACACCAGAGCCGCCAGUCCGAGAAGGGGACGCCAGAGGAACUGAAAAAGUAUACCGACGACAACGUGGCGAUUCGGAACGGGCGGUAUGACCGACGGCCCUGGCCACUGACAGGACAAUUUGGCAUGCCCAACAUGGCUCUGCUGGAAGUGCUUGGCCCAGCUGCUGAGUCCCAUCGGCGAGAUAAAACCGAGAAAAGAGACGCCGCAAUGAAGAGGAUUGCACGGAGAAUGGCAGUAGAGGAUAUUCCGGUCAGGAACAAAGGCCGUUCUUGA